UGUGUGUGUGUGUGUGUGUGUGUGUGUGUGUGUGUGUGUGUGUGUGUGUGUGUGUGUGUGUGUGUGUGUGUCUGAAGAAGAAAGAGAGUGAAACGGCGAAAGAAACCAUCGGAGAAUCCCAUUAAUCUCGACUGAAACACGCAACUAAAGGAGCGGAAACCUCAAGUCAUACCACGUCCGUCUAUCCACUCGGAAUGAUCACUUUUCCGUCGCAACACAAUCAUUUUCUUUCGCGAGAAGCGAGUGGAAUGUGAAUACAAGGAUUAUACGGAGAUCCAUUCAUGUGCUCAGCGUCAUUAAACUGCUGCAGAGGGUUUGUUAGAGGGGAAAAACGAGUUGAGCUGCACAAAAGGUCUGUUUCGGAGACUACAUGCGAAAAGCUUUUUUGUUUUUGAAUAUUGCGCAUUUCGCGUUGUUCAACAGUAAGCCGAUUAAUAAAGUUUCGCAUGCUGACGGGGAAUGUUUGCAAACUUGAUGCACUGCUUCUUACAUAGUGCAUUAUUGCCAUUGCAGUCAUCAGUGUUGAUACAUUGUAGCCCCGGAGUCUAAUGUUGGGCUUUGCUCAGGCUCUGCGCCUCUGUGCAUGUAAGCACAGAUCAUUGAUGUCGGACAGAGAGCGCAGGAGGGUUCGGAGUCUCCACGGGUCUGACCAAACAUAGGGAAAAAACGGAUGAAAACUGCUUAAACUGUCGUAUGUUCAGGACGAGACGCACGGGUCUGGUUCGGCGACUUUGGAGAAGCCGUUUGCUUACCGCAGGUAAAGAGUGGGGCGAUGGAGGUCCGGACGACUGGAGUGACAGCAACCCGGAGAAAAUCCCCAGAACGGAAUACACACCGGGAACCACUGGGGCCUUUUGCAGCAGACUUGUAGAGAAAAAUGGGGAGCCGGGGGUACUUGUUGACCAUGAGCGGCGUGGAAUCCCCCUGAGCGAGGGCAGGACGGUGACAUGCUGUUUGUUUAAAGACUUCCCUAGCGGUAACAGACGUACUUGUCGUGUGGACCAUAGAAACCACAACAACUGUGCCAAGGAACGGAAAAGUGGUGCCGUGACCGAGCAAGAGCUGAAGAAGUGCACUUAUGCGUUUCUGAAAAGGUUGAAAGAGAAAUCUCUGGAUGUUUUACUGGAGGCAGUGGAGUCUCAAGGUGGGAUGCCGAGUGGAUGUGUUCUGGCAUCACAGACUGAGGUGCGGGUUGGAGGUCAGCUGGUGUCUCCACAGUACCUGCUGUGUAGGCUGUUCCGCUGGCCCGACCUGCGGCUCUCCUCUCUGCUCAAACCACUCUGUCAUUGUCAGAGCUUCAAAGCAGAAGAGAACCAGACACUCAGCUGCUGCAACCCCUAUCAUUACAGUCGCCUCUGUGGACCAGUUAAGGAUGACACGCCGCCUCCUCCUUACUCCCAUCUCUCUCCCUUAUCAGAAAACAAGCCGCUGAACUCUUCCUUCCUGAUACUGCCUUACACAGAAACUGAGGCCACAUGUUCACUCAGUGGCAUGUCGCAGGACUAUUUAGAUGCGAAUAUGUCUCCCUCCUCCCUGGCACAGAAUCACUGGUGUAACGUGGCAUACUGGGAGCUUCGCACACGCGUGGGCCGUCUGUACCCAGUGCACGAUGCCUCGCUUAGCAUCUUCUUUGACCUACCUCAGGGUACAGGCUUAUGCUUGGGCCUGCUCCCGCUCUCUCCUCGCUCCACCUCCGUCCAGCGCACCCGUGGCAAGAUCGGACACGGCAUCCUCCUCAGCAAAGAGCCAGAUGGAGUUUGGGCCUACAAUCGUAGUCAGCACCCUAUUUUUGUGAAUUCACCUACUCUGGAGCAUCAGCCCUACCUGAGUUUGACUGUGAGGAGAGUCAUGCCAGGCUACUCCAUUAAGGUUUUUGACUAUGAGAAGUCAUGCCAAAUUCAACAUCCCAGGGAUUUGGCACACCUUGAAGGGCCAUAUGACCCAAACAGUGUGAGGAUCAGUUUUGCCAAGGGCUGGGGACCAUGCUACUCAAGACAGUUUAUUACAUCAUGUCCGUGCUGGUUGGAGAUUUUGCUCAACAAACACAGAUAGCAUACACACACACACAAACAAAUGCAAACACAUACUUUACUCUUACCACAUCCUGCACACACUCACUACAUACACUCACAACCCCAAAUGUAAUCUAUCUAAAUUUAAUAUAAACUUUUAUAUAAACGUAUUAUAUGGAAUACUUGUAAAUACUGAGUCAUUUUUACAGCAUAAUUAUUUAUGUAUGGUGCAAUGUGUUUAUGGAUGGACAGAGGAAAUAAAAACAAAGGAAAUGCA